AUGCGGUCGUCGUCGCGGCUGCUGCUCGCGGCGUCAGCAACGUCGGGCGCCUGCCUGGCGCUGGUUCUGGCAGUCGGCGUGUGCACGGCCAGCUGUGGCGGCGGACUCGCGGCGCAUGGUCAUGGACGACGACAGCCGCGGCCGCCGUCCUCGCCGGUGCUUGGCGUGGACUCCCAGGUGACCACGCCCGCCCUGCAGGAGAAGGGCUUUGCCGCCGCCGCCGGCGACGCGGCGGCCGAGCGGGACCUGCUCGGCGCUGCUGCGGCGGCGGCGGGACAAGACUACGGCUUCGUGGAUCCGCCGCCGGACACGCGCCGCCGCGGAGGAACCGCGCCGAUACCGCACAGCUAG